CGGGAGGCACGGCGGCGGCGGCGCUGAGGUAGGGCCGGGGCGGCGGGGGCCGAGCAGCGGGGCCGGGCAGCAGCGCCCCGCAUCCCGCGGGUGGGUGCCCCGGUGCCUUCACCCCUCUUAAACCCGGGCCGAGCUCUUUCCCCAGAGCUUUGCAGCCCUGGUCCCAGACAUGGCACCUGGGAAGCCUGGGAAGAGCGCGGGGGCCUCAGAGAACCCCUCUGUUACGCUUUUCCGGGAGUACCUGCGGAUUGACACUGUCCACCCUAAACCGGACUAUGAUGCGGCUGUCCAGUUUCUGGAACGUGUCGGCACCGACCUGGGCUUGGCCUGCCAAAAAGUGGAGGUGUGCCAGGGCCGUGUGGUGCUGAUCCUGACCUGGCAGGGCACGAAACCCCACCUGCGCUCCAUCCUCCUCAACUCCCACACUGACGUUGUGCCUGUCUUCGAGGAGCACUGGACCUACCCACCCUUCGAGGCAGUUAAAGACUCGCAAGGCAACAUCUACGCCCGGGGUGCCCAGGAUAUGAAGUGCGUCUCCAUCCAGUACCUUGAGGCCAUCCGGAGGCUGAAGACAGAAGGGAAGUCUUUUGCCCGCACCAUCCACCUCACCUUUGUGCCUGAUGAGGAGGUGGGUGGACACAAGGGCAUGGAGUUGUUCGUGCAGCGCCCUGAGUUUAAAGCACUCAACGUGGGCUUUGCCAUGGAUGAGGGCCUGGCCAGCCCAUCUGACACCUUCAGUGUCUUCUAUGGUGAGAGGAGCCCGUGGUGGAUAAAGGUGAAGUGCACGGGUAGCCCCGGGCAUGGGUCCCGCUUCAUCAGCAACACGGCGGCUGAGAAGAUGCACAAAGUCAUCAACUCCUUCCUGGCCUUCAGGGAGAGCGAGAAGCAGAGGCUGAAGUCCGACUCAAGCCUGACCCUAGGCGAUGUCACCUCUCUCAACAUGACCAUGCUGGAGGGGGGUGUCUCCUUCAACGUGGUGCCCUCCGAGAUGGCUGCCAGCUUUGACAUCCGCAUCCCACCCACCGUGGACCUGAAGGCCUUCGAGAAACAGGUGGCCACGUGGUGCCGUGAUGCUGGGGAAGGUGUCACCUGUGAGUUCCACCAGAAAUGCAUGGACCAACACAUCACCUCCACUGAGGAGUCGGACCCAUGGUGGAAGGCCUUCAGUGGGGUCUGUAGGGACAUGAAGCUGCAGCUCAAGCUCGAGAUCUUCCCAGCUGCCACCGACAGCCGCUACAUCCGAGCGGCAGGACACCCUGCUAUUGGCUUUUCACCCAUGAACCGCACGCCGGUGCUGCUCCAUGACCACAACGAGUUCCUGAACGAGCAAGUCUUCCUGCGGGGCAUCGAGAUCUAUGCCCGCCUCCUGACUGCCCUGGCCUCAGUGCCCCCACUGCCCGCCGAGGGCUGAGUGCCUGGCGAGGGGCAGGGAGUGCCAAGCAGAGAGACCCAGGGCUUUGAAAGAGGGGCAGAGGCUGGGCACAGCAAAUACCUGCUACGGUGCUGGGGGUGUAGUUGGCAUCAUGCCAUGUUGGCUAUGUUCAGGGAUGGUGACACCUCUGGGGUUGUGUCCCCCUUGGUCAGGUGCCAGCAGAGCCUCAUGCCCAGGUGCCUCCAGCCUUUCCUGGUGUUGUCAGUGCCUCCCCCUCUCCCUGUGCCAUCUCUGGCUGUACUGGCUGGGUGGUGAGGGGUUGGCCAGUGCCCCACUCUGCCUCCCCAUGCCUUGUCCUGCCUCCCUGCCUGCUUGCUGGGGGAGCUGGGGCCUGCGCUGCCCCCUCUCCUAUCAAUAAAUCUCCUUGGUAAGCACAGCCUCGA